AUCACAGCAACUGGACUGCGGGCAGGGUCGCGACUUCCCUUCAACGCACCUUCCCUCGAGCUCUAUUACAUAAGGCAGGAGGGAGACAGAGCAAGUAAACAACUUGUUCGACCUUCGGAUUCUUUUCAAUCUCGAUUUCCAUCAACAUCGGCUCCCACCUGGGCAGACGUCGCCAGAUCUCCCCGAAUCUGCUCCGCUCCCCCACGGACCCUUCGCUCGCGGAUCGUGGCGGCGCAUCUCGGCGGAUCUCAUCGAUCAUUAUUUAGAUCGAAACGGCGCGCGGGCAAACUGCGGGCGGGCGCCUUCCAUCUAUUCAUCGAAGGAAGCACGGCAACCCCGUGAUCGUCGUUACAAUCAAUCACAACCGCCAUUUCCUGCGCAAUGGCAACGCUGAGCGGUACCAGCAGGCCAAGCAUUGGCUUGCCACCCAUUCACCCCCUGGACCAAGACAAAGUCCAUGUGAAGCGAGAAGAGGCCGAGUACGCGAGGAGGAAGUCGACCCUCUCCAUGGCCAGCCCGUCACACCCAUUCCCGGGCCCGUUGCAUUCGUAUAGCAAUCACCAAUCGUCAGGCGCCAGCUCACUCCCGGGCCCGUCCGGAGGCUUGCUUUCUCCUCCAGGAUCGCGGCGUACCUCCAAGGAAGACAACAAAGACCAGAGGCCACCUGCGCGACAGUCGCUGCCAUCGAUACAUGAAGCCCUUGGUGCAGAGCCGCCGUCUACAUUAUCAUCAUUAGCAUUCCCACCACCUCCUCCGUCCGCUCCUGUGUCCGCACCGCAGUCGCUUUUCCCCCCACCUUCGACUGCGUCUGCCGCGGACCAGCGGGCAAGGACUUUCUCCGUGGACCAUAUCAAAAAUCAAGCCGCCCAACAACCCUCCGCAGCGUCUCGAACUCCGUUCCUCAAGCAACGCAAUUCAUCCGAGCAUCCUCCGCUACCACCGCAGGCGCGUCAGACGGACUCCCCGCGCUCGACCCUGUCAUCAGUCCAUACGCAUAAGAUUCCGGCAUUACACCCUCUGAAUACCGGUCGUUCGGAUUCCAUUUCCACGACACAGCCCAAUCAGCCACAUUCAUCCUUUCCUCUCCAAUCUUCCACCCCUUACCAGACGUCCGCACCUCCAUCGGCUGGAUCCAUGAAUACACAAUAUGGAUACCACCAAUACGCCCCUGGCUACCCCUUGUCCGCGCCCGCUCAAACUGUGCCCAAUUCCGCCUACCCGCCCUCUGCAUCCACAUAUUCAGCUCCUCCGCGGUAUCCCCCACCACCUUGGCAUAAUGGCGCUACCCAACACACCCCUCUUGACGAGAAGGAGAGUUCCAGCCACUUACCUUAUGGUGAAAGCGUCAAAAGACACCUUGAGACUUUCGAUCUAGAAGCGUCUUUAAAUCAGAUGGCAGAAGGCGCAGGCCGAAUCGCAGACUUCUCAAAAGACUACCGUCAGAGAGCUCAUUCAAAUGUGCGGAGUGGGACAUUAUCUCAGAUCGUACCUGGCCUGGAAGAGGUGGAUGAGAUGUUAAAACAAAGCGAAAAGAUCCAAAUGUCCUUGCAGAGAAUGCGCGGGAUCGUUCUGAGCCACCAGCAGGCUAGUCUUAUGGAGCAACCGCAUGAGUCACAUUAUACCCGGCCCGACGACUACACGCACAAUGGUUAUCCGCAGGAUGCAAAGGCCAACGCUUCAUUCACGGGUCUCGAUCCCAACAAGCGAAGCCGAAAAGGGCAGCGCGCUGCGGCACCUGGCAGAUGCCAUAGCUGCAACCGUGCCGAGACGCCGGAAUGGCGACGAGGUCCCGACGGCGCCAGGACGCUCUGCAAUGCAUGCGGUCUUCAUUGGGCAAAGCUCAACCGUAAAAUGCCAGAGCCCGUAGGGAUAGACGAACUCCGCUAUAAAAUCGCAGGCCACAGUUCGCCGCCUGCGUAGAAGGCUGGUGAAAUGCUGGAUCCCAGCAUAUUGACGAUGAUGCGCAUUCCAAACUUCGACCAGUAAUGACCAUAUCGUCAAACAAGCGUCUCUUCCAGAAACGGGGCGUCGACAAGUCCACGUACUCGUGUCCUAGUAUACAUAUGCUAUGGAUGCUUUGGAGGAGCUCUCCUUGAACGGCCGCCCACCCGCCUGAUCGACCACCGCCGUUCAUCUACCGGUCCUCGAUCUCUCGACUACCGCGCAAGCCACGCCACACCAUUUCUGUUUCCCUCGUGUUGUUAUAUCCGGGUUGGGUAGCAUUCUGCAAAAACUGUGGG